GCAAUGGCACAAUCGACUUCCCGGAAUUCCUUACUAUGAUGGCUCGAAAAAUGAAGGACACAGAUAGUGAGGAAGAGAUCAGAGAAGCCUUCCGAGUAUUCGACAAGGACGGCAAUGGAUUUAUUUCCGCCGCCGAGUUACGGCAUGUAAUGACAAAUCUUGGGGAAAAAUUAACCGACGAAGAGGUUGACGAGAUGAUCCGUGAAGCCGACAUUGAUGGUGAUGGCCAAGUUAAUUACGAAGGUAAGGAUGUACUUGUGCUCCGUGUCAAAUUGUCGUAA